UCUUCGAACGAAGCUGUUGGAGUGCACAAUCGGCAGCUGACCACGUUCUUUUUUCUCGUGUUGGUUUCUAGAAGCGGCGACCGCCGUGUGCCAGUAAUCAUGUCACGCGUUUUCUUCCUGCGGUCUCGUUCGCCCUCCAUGGCAUCGCUGAGCCUACUCGACGACCCGGUGCGGCGGCGCAACCAGGCCAGGGUGCAUAACCACUGGAAGGAGGUCUUCAUCUCGUUUCUCCUCCUCACAUCUUUCUUCAUGGUCCUGAUGUUCCUCACGGGAUGGAACAAGAAGAUGACAUCUGACACCAAAUCGUUCCGGGGCUCUCGUCAAAGGGGUCCCUUUGGUAUUCCCGAGACGGCCCCACCUCAGGAUGAAGAACUGACAACGGAAGAAGUUGUCCAGAGGCCGCUCGCUCGGAGAGCCAUGGAGGCACCGCAAGACAAGGUGCGGCGUAGAGCAAGGCAACAUGUCGGUAUGAUCACGCCGGCUCUUGACGCUGAGACGAAUGAGGUAGAGCCGGUGAUGUCAGCUGGACAGGUGAAACAGCAGCAGGAGCAAGGAGCAGGCGGCGAAACUUACGCAGCGCCACGUCUGGCCACCACAAAAGGCGGUGAAGCCAAGUGCAACACUCCACUGUGCCGCCACAUGAAGGACUGGUUCGACGUGACGGUUGGCAGCCAGGCAGACCCGUGCAAGGAGCGGAACACGUUUGUAUGCCACGCGUCGGUCGCAUUCCCCAGCUUUGACCUCAGCCCACCCAAGGGGAACAGGCCAGACGACGCAAGCUUCGGAAAAAAGCGCACAACCAGUGACGCGGACGGCCUGGAACUCAUGAAGUCAUGUCUCGAAUACGCCUGGAACCCGGCAGACGGCGUGCAGGACGUCCUGUCCUUCUUGCAACACUUCAACCUGGACCUGCGCCGCAUGGCGGACGAUCCCGCCGAGGAUCCGCUUCUCCGCAUGAUGCAGCUUUCCUUCGACUACGGCGUCGGCGCACCGGUUUCCUUCUCACGGAAGUACGACGUCACUGCAGAAGCACCUGCUCCGUUCGCAGUAGAAAUCACCCUGAACCCUGAAGUGAAGGAAUUCGCCAGUGCCCUGCAAUCGCUGGAAGAGGACGACGUUGACGACUUGUACCGGUUCCUCCUCGCCCACUACGCUCUCGUGGACGACGCGAACGUGACGGAGCAGCUUAUGGACGCGGACAAACAAAUUGCAGAGUUCAUGAACGGAGAAGCAGCUGGCUCCGUGCGACCCCUCAGAAUGAAUGUCCAGGUCCUCUCCAACUCUACGGGCAUCUCGACAGACCGGUGGAAGCAGCUGUUUGCUCGGUUCGGCUUCUCCGAGUACGCCGUGAACGAGCACGUGACCGCGAACGAGCAGGCUCUUGCCCUGAUGGCGUACCUGUCGCGCCCCGAGGAGAGGCUGGCCAUGCGGCGGGUCCUGGCCUGGAACGUCCUGCGCUACCUGGUCGGACCCAAGGCGGACUUCGUGGCAGCGUUAAACUGGACCCGUGGUGAAGAAGCUCCACCCAAGGACGCGGUUGUGCCAACGCCGGAGACGAAGUGUCAGCGACUAGUAGAGAGACUGAGUGGCUUGCCGCGAAGGGUCUUCGACUUAUUCGAAGGCGAGGAGGCAGUGUCUGCAGCGACCAUUUCGGACGUGACCAGCCUCAUGGCAGAGCUCCAGGACGCCGUUGCGUCCAUCUUCAAAUACGGCGCGACGAACGGCAGCUCCGUCGCGGCCAAAGGGGACUCGGCGCCUUCCCCAGCAGCCAGUUCUACGACGUCACAAGCGGUGGUGCUCCGUGGUUCCAGACGACUGGACGCUCACGCCAGACAUCCCUUCGAAGCGCUGGGAGGCGCUGCAAAGAGCGCGGCCGGAGCUGUGCUUGAGGGGCCCGGAGGCAGCUUCCCCAAGCGCUGGCCGCGCCGCCUCCACGCAUGGCACGCCCUCCCUCCGCUGGCGCAGGCGCUGCUCCCGGCGAUGACGUCGGCGGUCAGCGUCGACUCGCCCGCCACCUUCUUCCGGCCACCUUUCUACGUUCCGCGAGCACCGCCGGCAUACAACCUCGCUGCGCUGGGUCAGGUCAUCGCCCGGGCCCUGGCGCACGAGCUGAUCGAGCGUCGCCGUGCGGAUCCAGCCGUCGGAGAGCGCUGGCGUACUUUCUGGGAGAGCAGCGACGCCGCCGACGGUGAUAGCAUGUACUGCGUGCACGCCGGCCUCAACACGAACGACACCUGGCGGCAACACAGGCUUAACGAAAGCGAGCUCGCUGACAGGGCGCGCCUAGACGAAGUCCUGGGUUCCAGGAUAGCCUACGUAGCUUUCCAGAGGACCCACCUCGCCAUCGCCGUGGCUGGUCGUCUGACGACGGAGCUGCCGGGAGUGAAUCUGUCGAGCAAGCAGUUGUUCUUCGUUAUGCACUGCGAACUGGGAUGCGCCAUGGGAGGGGACCGAGAUCCCGUCAGAAGCCUGGCUGACCACCACCAGCGUUGCAUGGUGGUUUACCAGACGCGAAAGCGUGUUAUCGGUCGACCCUGCGGGCAGCUCGCCAAUGGGAACAUUCCGAACGAUUGCCGCUACAUAUAACCUGCUAUUAAAGACAAUCGACGGCUC